GGCCUGGCGCUGCGGUUCAGGCGGCGGCGGCGGCGGCAGCGGCUGCGGCAGCGAGAGCGGCGGCCGGGUGGGUGGCGGGUAGCGGGGCCUCGGACACCGGGAUGGACGUUUCGGGGCAGGAGGCCGAUUUGCGGAGCGCCGCUUUCCGGCAGAAGCUGGUCAGUCAAAUCGAGGAUGCCAUGAGAAAAGCUGGCGUGGCCCACAGUAAAUCCAGCAAGGAUAUGGAGAGCCAUGUGUUCCUGAAGGCCAAGACACGGGACGAGUACCUUUCUCUUGUGGCCAGGCUCAUCAUCCAUUUCCGAGACAUCCAUAACAAGAAAUCUCAAGCUUCCGUCAGUGACCCUAUGAAUGCGCUUCAGAGCCUGACUGGUGGACGCCCUGCUGGAGCAGCUGGAAUCGGCAUGCCGUCUCGGGGCCCAGGACAGUCCCUGGGCAGCAUGGGAGGCCUUGGUGCCAUGGGGCAGCCAAUGCCCCUGUCAGGGCAACCUCCCCCUGGCACCUCCGGGAUGGCCCCACAUGGCAUGGCUGUUGUGUCCACUGUCCACUUGUCAGAGGAAGAUGUCCAGUCAGAACUGGACACAAAGGUUCUGCAGAUUACGUUCCCCCACAUUCUAGUCGUUGGUUACACAUGGGACAUAGAGAAGGCUCAUACUGAUACUUGA